AAUGCAUUACAACAGGCAACCUUGGGGCUUACAACACAACUAAUAAAGAUGCUGGCCUCGGGUUGCUUUCUCGUUUUCCUUGUCUCGUUCUGUUCAUUUUCAUCAUCUUUUGCAUUGACUGAUGCUGAGGCGGCUUUUAUUGCUCGUCGCCAGCUUUUAGGUGACAAUGAGGAACUUUCGAAUACAUUGGAGGAGAUGACCGUUAACUUGAAAUUCGAGAAUGACAGGUUGAAAAAAGCUUAUAUUGGUCUGCAGGCAUGGAAGAAAGCUGUUUACUCCGAUCCAUUUAAGUUCACAGCUAACUGGGAAGGUGCUGAUGUCUGUGCCUAUAAGGGUGUCUUUUGUGACCAAGCUCUUGAUGAUCCCACGAUCACUGUUGUCGCUGGGAUUGAUCUCAACCACGCAGACAUAGCUGGCCACCUUCCCGUGGAAAUUGGCCACUUGGUUGAUGUUAGUCUCAUCCACCUUAAUUCAAAUCGGUUCUGUGGAAUCAUUCCUAGGAGCAUUAAAAAUCUUUUGCUUUUGGAUGAGGCUGAUUUCAGCAACAAUCGUUUCGUGGGGCAAUUCCCUGAUGUUUUGCUUGAGUUGCCUAAACUCAAGUACCUUGAUCUUAGGUUCAACAACUUUGAAGGUCAAGUGCCUUCUGGGCUAUUUGAUAAGAAUCUUGAUGCAAUAUUUCUCAAUGAUAACCGAUUCCACUCCAUUAUCCCUGAAAACUUUGGCAAUUCCAAUGCUUCAGUGGUGGUAUUGGCGAAUAACAGAUUCUAUGGUUGCAUCCCAAAAAGUAUUGGUAAAAUGGGCAACACAUUAGAUGAGCUCAUAGUCACCAACAAUGAACUCUCUGGUUGUUUGCCUGAAGAAAUUUCCAAGCUCGUGAGCCUAACAGUGUUUGAUUUUGGCAGAAAUAAGUUUGUUGGAUCCUUACCUAAGGAUUUAAAAUCCAUGCAGAAAGUCGAAAUCUUUGACAUUGCAUCAAACAGCUUCAUGGGAAAUGUUCCAAAGAACCUUUGUACCUUGCCCAAAUUGGACAAUUUCACAUUCUCAAAGAACUACUUCGAGAGCAUGGAUGAAACGUGUAAGACAUCACACUCCAAUCAUGUUGUGAUAAAUGGCAAGGAGAAUUGUAUUGUGGGGAGAUCAGACCAGAAGACACAGAAGGAGUGUUUCCCUGUUCUGAGCAAGCCUGUUGAUUGCAGUAAAGGACUUUGCGGAGUUUCAAGGGAAGGACUGAGUCCAAAAGACCCUGAAACACCUACAAGUUCUCCACCAUCAAAGCCAUCAACACCAACGAGUCCACAACCAAAGCCAUCUCCACCAUCAACAGUCGCGUCACCACCACCUCUAAAGGCGUCACCACCACCACAAGUGGCCUCACCUCCACCUCUAGUCCACUCACCACCACCACCAGUGGCCUCACCUCCACCUCCAGUGGCGUCACCACCACCACGAGUGGCCUCACCUCCACCUCCAGUAGCGUCACCACCCCCACGAGUGGCCUCACCUCCACCUCCAGUAGCGUCACCACCCCCACGAGUGGCCUCACCUUCCCCACCAGUGGCCUCACCUCCACCUCCGAUCCACUCACCACCACCACCAGUGGCUUCACCUCCACCUCCAGUAGCGUCACCUCCACCACCCGUCCACUCACCCCCACCUCCGGUUGCAUCACCUCCACCACCCGUCCACUCACCACCACCACCAGUGGCCUCACCUCCACCACCCGUCCACUCACCCCCACCUCCGAUUGCAUCACCUCCACCUGCGGUUCACUCACCACCACCACCACCACCAGUGGCCUCACCUCCACUACCGGUAGCCUCACCUCCACUUCCCGUCCACUCACCCCCACCACCAGUGGCCUCACCUCCGAAACCAGUAGCCUCACCUCCACUUCCACCAGCAGUGGCCUCACCUCCAAAACCAGUAGCCUCACCUCCACUUCCACCACCAGUGGCCUCACCUCCAAAACCAGUAGCCUCACCUCCACUUCCCGUCCACUCAUCACCACCACCAGUGGCCUCACCUCCGAAAUCAGUAGCCUUACCUCCACUUCCACCACCAGUGGCCUCACCUCCGAAACCAGUAGCCUCACCUCCACUUCCACCACCAGUGGCCUUACCUCCAAAACCAGUAGCCUCACCUCCACUUCCCGUCGCCUCACCUCCAAAACCAGUAGCUUCACCACCACCACCAGUGGCCUCACCUCCAAAACCAGUAGCCUCACCACCACCACCAGUGGCCUCACCUCCACUACCUGUAGCCUCACCUCCACCACCAGUGGUCUCGCCGCCAAAACCAGUAGCCUCACCACCACCACCAGUGGCCUCACCUCCAAAACCAGUAGCCUCACCUCCACUUCUACCACCAGUGGCCUUACCUCCAAAACCAGUAGCCUCACCUCCACUACCAGUAGCCUCACCUCCACUUCCCAUCGCCUCACCUCCAAAACCAGUUGCCUCACCACCACCACCACCAGUAGCCUCACCUCCACUUCUCGUCCACUCUCCACCGCCACCAGUGGCCUCACCUCCAAAACCAGUAGCCUCACCACCAUCACCAAUGGCCUCACCUCCAAAACCAGUAGCCUCACCUCCACUUCCCGUCCACUCAACACCACCAACGGUGGCCUCACCUCCAAAACCAGUAGCCUCACCACCACCACCUGUAGCCUCACCUCCACUACCUGGCCACUCAGCACCAGUACCAGCUCCACCCGCUUUUGAGGACGUCGUUCUUCCCCCAACAUUGGGCUCGCUAUAUGCCUCACCACCACCACCAAUUUUCCAGGGUUAUUAAGAGAUUCACCAAUUUCAUUUUCACAGUAAACUAGUUAAAAGAAUCAAACUGUAAAGACAUAUGAUAUUGAAAUAUUCUUUUAUAUAGUCAAUUGUACACUGGAAAUUGGAAAUUUCUUAUUAGAUGUACUGACUAAAUAAAACAUGACACAAUUACAACAGUACCUUUGAGUACUAUUUUUGUAGUGACUA